CAUUGCAGAUUGCUUUUCUAAUAUUGACCUCUUACUUUGCAUACGUUUUUUGACCUAAUUUUAACCGAAAAAAAACAUCGCGAAAUGAUAUUCCCGAUUCGGAAAUUAGAAAAGUAGAUAAUACGGCUAUAAUAAUGUCUCUCGAGCAUAUUACGGUCAAGAUAGAGCCCAAAGAAAUUGAUGACAACUCGCCAACGGUACCAGAAGAUAAUAGUGAAACACUAAUUAUCAACAUUCAACCAGAAUUUAUUAACAUAAAGACCGAGUUGGAAGUACCUAUCCAUGUAGACAGAAUAAAGCAAGAAGUUGACAGUGAGGAGGCCGAUUGCCCUCCACCACCCUCAACAUGGCAUCAUGCAAUUAAAAAAGAACCUGCAGCUGAAGAUUCUCAGAAUGAGUUCAUAGUGAGUGUCAAAUCUGAGCCAGUGGAUCCUGACAGUGAUGGCAAUAUUGAACCCGAGACAGUCAUAGUAGAGCCUACCAUAUAUCAACCCAAUACAUCUGACUUUGUAUAUCCAGUUUCCCUCACAAGCUUACCAGAGCGCUAUCUGAAAGACAAUACAGAAUCGAAAUUUAUGUGUCUACUUUGCAACAAGAGUUUUGCCAGCAAUGCAAACUUACAGCGCCAUCUACCACUACACAGUAGAACAAAAUAUACUUGUCACAUUUGCCAAAAGGAAUUCACAAAGAAAGUACUAUUUGACAAGCAUAUUGGGGUACAUACUGGCGAGAAAUUAUACGACUGCGACGACUGCGGUAAGAAAUUCAGAACGUCAUCAAAUUUAUUCCAGCAUAAGCGGAUCCAUGCAAUCAACAAAGCGUUCAAAUGCGAGGUUUGUCACCGGGGCUUUGCAGUAAAAUCAAACUUGCUAAAACACCAAGGGAAGAGUCGCUGCAAACGACCAAUAGACCAACCUAUAGUGUGUCAUGUUUGCAAUAAAGUUUUUAAGAGGGAGUUCUUAUUAAAAAGUCACUUACGGAGACACACAACUGAGCGGCCGUUCUCGUGCGAACUUUGCGACAUGAAUUUUAAAUACAAAAGCACAUUAAUUAGACAUAUUCAGUUACACAACGGCUUAAAACCGUAUGCCUGUAAUAUCUGCAAUAAAUCUUUCACACAUCCCGGAUUGAUUAAGCCACAUAUGAGAAUACACACAGGGGAGAAACCUUACGAGUGUCCAGUAUGCAACAAAUUGUUUGCCCACAAACAUAACAUGCAGCGACACGCGUUGAGGCACAACAAAGUGAAGCAUCUGACCUGUGACGUCUGUAUGAAGCAGUUCCCCAAAGAAAGUAGAUUAAAAUACCACAUGAAAACACAUACAAAUGAGAAACAUUUCUCAUGUCAUGUUUGUCCAAAGAAAUUUUCUCACAAACAAAAUGUGUUGAGGCAUUAUACUAGGAAGCAUCCGAAUGCAACUUAUGAAUGUAAAGAGACAGACGCGAGUGUGGCACUGAAAGUGUGGGAUGAGGUUUUGAAGAAAAAAAUGUUGGCAGAGAAUAGUUAAGUGA